CAUCUGGUCCUUUGGUAUAACAACCAUCCACAUGGCUGAAGGAUUUGCCCCGCUUGCAAAAUUUCCAAAGCAAAGGAUUUUUGACCGUAUCAUCUAUGGACAUCCACCAACUCUGCGUUCAUAUAGAUGGUCGUAUGAUUUCAGGGAAUUUCUACAGGGGUGUUUAUUGAAAGACCCACAGUAUCGAGCCACAGCAGAAGAACUUCUGAGGCAUAAAUUCUUAAAGAGACAGCCUCCCAAAAAAUGUGUCCAAAAAGAAAUUAUGGAUCACAUGAAAUGCUACAAGCAAUUACAAGAUAACAUUAAGGAAGAAGAUUUAUCAUCUGCCAAAAAUCAACCAGAGGCAGUUGAGGUUAAAAAAUCUUUUCCUGAAGAAGAACAGCAACAAGAGCUAGAAAUAAGCCAGCAACAGGAUUCCAUUUUUCUAAGCAUCGAACAAGAACCUGAAGAUGUAGUAGAGAAAGAGAAACUUGAUGUCAAUGGACUAAAAGAAAAUGUAAGCACCUCGGAAUCCUUUAAUCUAUUGAUGGUGCCACCAAUGGAAGUCCAUGACGCUCACGAAGCGGAAAAGCAAGAGGAGGUGCUAGACUUACCUCCAAGAGAACACCAGGAAUGCGAGAAAGCAUCUCUAGAGCGACUGCUCAUUUCUGGAAUUUUAUUUAUUAUUAGCAUCAUUAUAUUCUACGUGAAAAUCACAUCAGACUGAAGAUUUCAGGACCAAAUAUGUAACGUAUAACAAAGCCUAACAACAUGACAGUAAGCAACAGAUCAGGCAAUUUUAAGGAAUAGAUAACAGAUGCAGAUGGUGCAAGAAAAUUAAAGAAGGGUGGUGGGAAGUGGAUAAAAGUUAACAGAGGAUGGCAAGCAAGGAGCUGAGACAUCAGAUGAUUAGUGAUAAGCGAAUCUGUCCUGUUUCAU